GUGUGCAACUUUGAAACCAACAUGGCGCCUCUCCCCCCCCGCCGCGAACGUGCCGGCCCCUGUAGGUUAUGCACCAUCCCUCUAUUUCUAAGUCCGUGGUUAAAAUCCACUGCAGUUGAAGAAUACUUUCGACAAUGCGUGUAUAUAUAUUUAAUUAUCUGACAUCACUGCAUCGUAUAUAUUCUGUGUGAACAGAACUAUCGUAAAGAUUGGAAAAUACUUCGAAGAACAAUAGGAGUUUAACCUCCCUUGAACAGCCAGUUGUGAAAUUAAUGAAAAAAACGAGGUUAAAUGGCUUGGAGGAUUGUCGGAGUAAUAAUUAUCAACUGAAAACUUUCCUUAUACAAGGAAAUUGAUUUAUUCUAUUUAUUGAAAACCUAGAUCCAGUUAGAGGCAUCUUUGCACGUGUAUAAAAGAAAUUGGUGUCCCGGCUUACAGACAUGGACGAUAAACUUCGGCAAAUGGAAGAUGAGAUGAACAGAUUUGAAGCUGAGAUUGGAGGGCAGAUUGUAACGCCAAUUGUGAGGCCAGUGAUUGGUGCAAAUACAUAUAAUCAAGUUGCCAGGCAAUUGGAGCAACAUGAACUUACUACACCAGUAGUUGCAGCAGCCGCCGCAGCUACAUUAGCAUUUCCUCCGAUGAUCGGAUUUCCACCACCACCGCCACCUCCGCCUCCUCCUCCACCACCACCAAUUUUGAUCCCUCAACAAGUAACACGUCAAGGUACAGUUCCCAUUACGACAUAUUCUUCACCGGCACAAAUAAGUAAUCCAUAUAUGUCAAAUAUGGUGGAUCCAUGUUUAAGCGCGACACCAAAGACAUACGAUUCCACGUCAGCGCCGAUGAUCCAUCCAGAAAUUAUCGAGCAAAUUAUCAAUACAAAGAUUCCUGAAGAUGAGGGUAAAAAGAAGCCAAAGGUCAAAGGUGUUAGCACUGCAGCUGAAUUAGCUAUCAGCCAGGGGAAAGCAAGUUCCAUUAUGGCUAAUGCUAGUGCAGAGGAGAGUCAUCCUAAGGGUAAAGGGAAGAAAAAUAAGAAGAUUAUAAGGACGGCCGGCGGUCAAACCUGGGAAGAUCCUUCUUUGUUAGAAUGGGACGAAGACGAUUUUAGGAUAUUUUGUGGAGAUCUGGGGAAUGACGUCACCGACGAAAUGUUGGUAAGGGUGUUCGGAAAAUAUCCUAGUUUUCAAAAGGCGAAAGUGGUCAGGGAUAAACGGACAAACAAAACUAAAGGCUUUGGAUUUGUGUCCUUCAAGGAUCCGCAAGACUUCAUCAAGGCAAUGAAGGAGAUGAAUGGAUUAUAAAUGCGAGAAGGUAUGAAUGAGCUCCAUAUACUUUGUAUUCCGCGGGGGAUCGAUUUCUAUCUCUAUUAUUCUCUUCCUGGAAUAUUUAUUUACAUAGAUAAGCUUGUGUGGGAAAACAUAUUGUCAUCUGUCACCUGUUGCCGCCACGUCAGUAAGCUCGGAUUUCCAGUAUUAUUGUUGCGGAUAGCGCAGGUUGAGAAAAUGAAAUUGUUGCUUGCCAGAUAUCUGAUUUGCGCUAUAUUUGAUUUAUUUUAUGCCAGAUUAAAUAAUUUAAUAUUUUUCUACUAAAUUAUAGUAAAAUUAAUGGCUUAUAAAAUUUAUUAAGCUAAAAUAAAAUUUUGACCUGUUAACCAUUUUCUCCAUUUAAAUAUGUUGAUGU